UCAAAAACGCCAUCAGUCAAAGCUUCGAGCAGUUAGUGAUCGAACAGGGAGUAUGGAAACAAUCAAUCUUUUGUCAGUUUUUGGUUGCCUCUGCGUGCAGAAAAUUUGGGCCAGCAACUGCUACCAAGAGAUGAACUACGAGAAAUUGUAUGGCUAUAAAUAUGACAUCAAUUGCAACUACCUCAACGACACCAACAUAGAAGAGCUGCAAGAAAUUAUAGUAAAAACCAAAGUGAAGCUAACCAUCACCAACUCAAACUUAUCGAACAUAACCUCAAAGUUUUUCAAAAACAUUAUCAACACCAAAGAGUUAAUCAUAAACUCGUCCGCAAUUCCGCUAAGCGGAAAACUUUUCACGCACUUAGACCGCUUAGACGUGCUCAUCCUCAACAAUAACUCAAUGGAAGAAUUACCUCAAGGCUUUUUCGACGGCCCGCAAAACCUGCGCGUGCUCAAACUGAGUUACAACGGUCUCGGUCGCCUACCGAACAACACCUUCACAGAGAUACAUCUGCAGGAGCUCGACUUGAGCCACAAUCGCUUCGUCGACUUGUCCCUCCCUUGCGAGCUGCAGCAGCUGACCUACCUCGAUUUAAGUCACAAUCAAAUCGCGAACCUGCGGAAUUUGUCUCCUCCCUGCACUCCACUCCUAAAAGUGCUGGACCUCUCCCACAAUAGGCUCGUGGACCUGAAUCCUCUCCGCGAACUGAGAUACCUGCAAAAAAUCGACCUCUCCCACAACCUACUCGAAGACAUCGGCGAUGGAGUGACCGACCUGGAGAACCUCAAGCAGGUGAACCUUGCGGGAAACUUACUCCGAAACGUCAACUUCCGGAACUCUUCUUCCAUAACGGUACUAAACCUAGCCAAUAAUUCCCUUACCGGAAUCGAUUCGUCCAAUCUGGUGCUGCUGGAGGAGUUAAACUUGGAAAUGAACCAGUUAACUGAAAUUCCACCGUCGCUCUCGGACGCGCUGAAAAAAAUCGACCUUUCGCACAAUCCCCUGGCUUUCAAUCGGGAGCUCCGACGAUUUCCGAACUUGGUCAAUCUGCGACUAAGCGAUUGCGGCAUCGGCAAGCUCGAGCGCCAGCUGGACGGGCUAGACUCGCUCGAAGUGCUCGAUCUGUCCCGCAACCUUGUCGAUCUUCGGGAGGCCUCACUCAAGCUGGGGAGGUUGAACGUGUUGGAUUUGAGCGCGAACUCGCUGAGAUCGCUGCUCGUUUUGGAGUUGAAGAGCUUGGUGCGGUUGAAUUUGUCUUGGAACUCUUUGGAGGGAUUAGAGGGUGAGGUUUUUGUUGGUUGCCCCAGGAUCGCCGUGCUGGAUCUGUCGCACAAUCACCUGGAGUCACUCGACGACAGUGUCCUAAGGCCACUCGAAGGAUUGAGCGAAGUGCAUUUGGAGUAUAACAGACUUGCGUAUUUGGCGUACGGAGGUAUCCUGGCGGUGCAUAAGAGUUUGCGCUUCCUCGGCAUUGGAGACAACCGGUUCUCGUGCCAGUUCCUAUCUUCAAUGGUAUACCACUUUGGAGUAAACAACAUCGAAUUUGGCGAGACCGCGAACGACUACAGCGAAAAUGUCGCAGGAAUUCACUGCCACGAGGUUAGGUCCGUUGAUUCUGAUACUCGCAGUGAGAAUCUUACGAUAUCGGACACUUUGAUAUUUGUGAUAGCGUCUGUGAUUUUAGGGUUACUCGCGGUGAUUGUUUUGGUACUGUAUAAAAUAUCGGUGUUUGUGCGCAGGCGUGCGAAUAUUGACGAGGUUGAGUUGAUUGACAGACGAUUUAAGUUAAGAAAUUAUUUAUAAAGCUAUUUUUACCAAAUAAAACUUUUAUGGCCGA